CAGUAACGCGCCUCACGGGUGGCAGUCACGGACAGAGCCGGCCGCCCGUCACUGUGGUCAUCUCAAAUCCUCCGUCAAAUCCCUGCCUCCUACCAUCCUCUCGACCUCGACGCUUCUCACGCCCGCAACAAUCGUAGAGAGAGUGGGAGAGGGAGACACCUUCCGCUUCAAGCCUCCUCCGAAUUCAGCAACCGCCGCACCACCCCGCCAUACCCUGCCGAGCCAUUCACCUCAAAAGCAGCAGCGUGCAUGCAGACGCAGUGCAGCUAGCAGAAGCGCCUAAAGCCACCGCCGCGUGCUGCCGCCAUCUAGCGGAAGCGCAGGCCGACACACGGACGCACACCUCUUCUCUCCCCCCUUCCCCUUCCCCUGCCAUUGCCGAGCUCGGAUACGCUGCGAGGUCGCGGCGUCGACAGGGGUGGCCGGGAGGAAUGUCUGAACCGGCCACGCAAUGCAGGGGAAAUGGGGGCGGCGGCGAGGGCGGCGCCGGCGGUAUGAGGACGGUGGAGUGCCUCAGAGGGAGGCUGCUCGCCGAGAGGGUGGCGUCCAAGGCGGCCAAGGAGGAAGCCGACCAGCUCGCCGCCAGGUUGGACGAGCUUGAGAAGCGGCUCUCCGACGAGGUCAAGAUCAGGGACAGGGCGGAGCGGAGGCUGAGGAGGGCCAUCAAGAGGCUCGAGUCCCUCAAGAUUCUGGAUGUGGGGAGCUCCAUCGGCUCGCUCUCCUCCAACUCCAACGCCUGCUCCGGCCAACAGGCGGCGCCGGAGACAGAGGAGAGCAACGGUCCUGCAGUAUCGCUGAGCACCGUCGAUUCGGUGCUGUCAGACCCUCGCGCGGGCGGCGAGGACAAGGGAUGGGACGGCGAGAGCGUCAAGGGCUCCUCGGCCGGUUCCUGCACUCAGGCCAACUCCUCCCAGGACGGGAGCUGGUUCUCCGUCGUGUCCGAGCAGUCCGGCUCUGGCGCCUGCAAGGAGGAGAGCCGCACGGAGGACUCUGACGACGCCGAGAAGUGCGGUUCCGGUGACGCCGCUGGUGACGUCGAUCGUGAUUCAGUGAGGAGGAGAGAAGAGCAGCCUGGAGCGUCCAGCGGCUCGUCGAAAUCCGAAGCGAGCUACCGCGACGAGGAGGACGACAGGCUCGCGCUGGUGCUGGUGGACAACCCGCACUACAGCGCAGAGCCGGCCGAGACCAAGGAGAAGGAGAAAGAAGAGAAGGACGGGCUCGCCAUGGUCCUGGCGGACCCCCAGCCGAGAGCGACGAGCGUCGGCGGCAACGACGUGCAGUCGGUCCUGCUGGCGCUGCGGCAGGUCAAGGAGCAGCUGCGCUACACCAUCCAGAGGAGGUCGGAGGGGCUCGUCGCGCACCGAGAGCUAUGCGGCCACUGACCGAGCCUGUUCUGUUCUGGUCUCAAAGGCAUCUUUUGUUGUUGUUGUUGCGAUGCUCUCAAAAGCAUCCCGAGAAACGGAAGCUCAAGUGUGUUGCACUUGCGCUUACACUUGCACUGGUGUAUUUAUCUACAGCGUUGGGAGUAUAUGUUGGAAUAAGGCUUUACUCGUGUGACACGUUGUAGUGGUUGUAUAUAUUUAUAUGAAAAGUGGAUUCCAUGUGUUGUUUACUAGUGUUCGAAAGCAAAGGGAUGACUAAUACACCCUUGUUCACAAAUAUAAGAUGUUCCAACA